UGAAGACGCCCAAUGAGCGCAGGUCGGCGUUAUGGCUUAAAAAGGAUCCCGUCUGAGUUGCUUCUUAUUCUCUUUCUUUGUCAGUUAAGGGUAGAGUUCCGGCGCUAUGGCAAGAACGAAGCAGACCGCCCGUAAGUCCACCGGUGGUAAAGCCCCGAGAAAGCAGCUUGCCACCAAGGCUGCCCGCAAGAGCGCCCCAGCCACCGGCGGCGUGAAGAAGCCUCAUCGUUACAGGCCUGGUACCGUAGCUCUGAGGGAGAUUCGUCGUUAUCAGAAGUCUACCGAGUUGCUGAUCCGCAAGCUGCCCUUCCAGCGCCUGGUGAGAGAAAUUGCUCAGGAUUUCAAGACCGAUCUCCGUUUCCAGAGCUCGGCUGUUAUGGCCUUGCAGGAGGCUAGCGAGGCAUACCUGGUGGGCCUGUUCGAGGAUACUAACUUGUGCGCAAUCCACGCCAAGAGAGUCACCAUCAUGCCCAAGGACAUCCAGUUGGCCCGCCGCAUUCGCGGAGAGCGUGCUUAAACUGAUCGCUCGGCGUCAUGUCCCAAACUACCCAAAGGCUCUUUUAAGAGCCACCUAAUCGUUUCGCUGCAAAAUGAGCAAGUGGCCUUAGCAACGCUUGAAACUGAUGCGUCGUUAUAACGUGUAUCUGUCAUGUGUUUCUAGGUUACGCAAUCUAAAGUAGGUUUAGGAGGGUUAA